GAAAAAGAAAAAAACCAAAAAAAGAAAAAAAUAGAAAAACAAAGAGCAGCGAAAAUCGUCUGCGGAGAAUAUCUUCUUUUCCCUGAAAAAUCAAAAUUGGGAGAAAUUUUUGGGGGCGAAUUGAAAAAUAGUAAACUUAUUUUCCAGUGAUGGAGCUCUGCGAUUCAAUUGAAUAGUGACCAUACGUAUUUCUCUCGAUUAAGAGGGAAGUGUUUUAGUGAGAGGCGACGUGUAGAUGGAGUGCAACAGAGAUGAGGCUGUGAGAUCGAAAGAAAUCGCAGAGACAAAGUUUCUAGCAAAGGACGCCAAAGCUGCGAAAAAAUUCGCGCUCAAGGCGCAGAAUCUGUAUCCCGAACUAGAGGGCAUCACCCAAAUGGUCAUGACUUUCGAGGUAUAUAUUUCCGCCGAAGAGGAUAAAACGAACGGAGAAUCGAACUGGUACGGCGUGCUUGGUUUGACUCCUCUAGCUGACGACGAGACAAUAAGAAAACAGUACCGGAAACUUGCUCUUCUUCUUCACCCCGAUAAAAACAGAUCUAUAGGAGCUGAGGGUGCAUUUCAACUCGUUUCUCAAGCGUGGAGUUUGCUUUCGGAUAAAUCAAAAAGAGCAGCAUAUGAUCUAAGGUACGGUGCGAGGAGAAAUCAGAAUAAUACGAAUCAAGGUCCUUCACCGCCUAUGCAAAACGGAUUUUACAACUUUGCAAACACAGCAGCAACUCCACAGACGAAGGUCCCGAAGGGUAGUAGUAAUAAUAGUAACAGCAAGAGGCCUCCCUCUUCUGUUCCUCACACAUCUCGUAGGAAGGAGCGUCGUACUUUUUGGACAGUGUGUCAUAGGUGUAAGAUGCAGUACGAGUAUCUGAGGAUGUAUCUCAACCACAAUCUUCUCUGCCCGAAUUGCCACGAGGCUUAUUAUGCCGUCGAAAUCGAUCCCCCAUCCACCAAGAUUUCCAAACCGACGGAUAAUUCACAGCAGCGAAAACAUACAAAGCAUGGAUCUGAUGCCUCGAGAAAUAAUAAUAACUUCCAGUGGGUUCCUUUCUCCGAAUCAACUGGUGCUAAGUCUGCUGCUCAAGCUGCGAAUAUGGUCCAGCAGGCUUAUGAUAAAGUCAAAAGGGAGAGGCAGAAGGCACAAGCUGCUGCAAGAAAAGAGGAAGCUUUGCGGAGGAAAAAUCUCGCCUCGAAGAGAAGAAUGGAUGCGGAAAGUUCCGGGCAUGCCGAUGCUGCCAAGAGGAGAAAAGGGGUCGAAGAUUGUGGUACGAACAAAGAGAACAACCUUAAACAGAUGAACUGCAAGAGUGGAAAUCUUGAACAGGAUAAUUUGCAGAAAAUAAAAAGGAAGGAAGAUGGGAUACGCCGUUUCGGCGUCAACCAUUUCGUGAUGGAGAAGGCUCGUGAGGAAAUCAACAAUAAACUAAAGGAACACAAGGUUCCUGAAAAGAUCGAAGAAAAUGAAUCUGCAAAUUUAAAGGAUUCGAGUUUGACACGUUGUUCUUUACCCGAUCAGAACAAGCUCUGCGAGAAACUUGUUGACCACAUGUUAUCAGUAGAUGUGGAGGAUCCCGAUUUUCAUAAUUUUGAUGAGGGCAGAACAGAAAAAUGUUUCGGGGACAACCAAGUGUGGGCGGUGUACGACGAUGUUGACGGAAUGCCACGUCACUAUGCCAUGAUCCGAAAUGUCAUAUCUCUAAAUCCCUUCAAGGUGAGUAUGAGUUGGCUGAGUUCUUUAACGCACGGUAGACUGGGCCAUAUGAGUUGGUUUCUAACCGGUUCUUCAAAAACAUGCGGAGAAUUCCGAGUGGACAGGCAUGAAAUUUGUGACUCGAUAGAUUGUUUCUCACACAAUGUAAGAUCGUGGAAAAGCACUUCUAAGACUAUUCAAAUCUUUCCACGAAAGGGGGAUGUGUGGGCUUUGUACAAGAAUUGGUCACCCGAGUGGAACGAGCUUACCGAAGAUGAAGUAAUACACAAAUACGAAAUGGUCGAAGUACUCGAAGACUACGACGAGGAAAUGGGAGCAAUCGUGGUUCCACUGGUUAAAGUUGCCGGUUUCAAAGCCGUUUUCCAUCAGCAUCUCGACCCGAGUGAAAUACGACGGAUCCCUAAACGGGAAAUGUCUCGGUUUUCUCAUAUGGUGCCUUCUCAUUUGCUGACCGGUCAAGAAGGAACAAAUUCGCCAAAGGGUUGUCACGAACUUGAUCCUGCAGCCACUCCUCUACAGUUUCUUGAAAUUAUGUCGAAUAUUGAAGAAAUUCAGUUUGUCGAGAGUGAUGACGAAGUUGAGUUUGUGAAUGCAGUUGAUUGUGAUGUGAGUACGAAAACCAAUACAGUGGAAGUAAUUUCUUGAUUUCGUAGAAGUGGAGUUUCCUUGGAGAAAUUAAGGAUAAGGUCAAGGUUAGUAAAUUCAAAAUCAUGGCCCAAAUGGAAAUCGAAAAAACUUAUUUGCUCGUAGCUCAUAUAUAUAUACGACAAUAGCGAAAUAAUCGAUGGUAUAGAAGAGAACAGAGUGUUCUCUCCGACACGGGUUUCUGUAAAACAAUCGACUCCAUGCAAAAGGCAAUGCUGGAAUUGCCGUUUAACUUGGAGUUGCAUGGAAGGAGUACCUUGUGCACGAUGGCGACGAAACAGGUAUAGAGGCGGGAGAGCUGUAUUUACGGACCAGCUUUUGAUUUAUCCUUUAUUUAAUUUUUUUUUUCCGUUUUUUUUUUCCUUCAACUGCCAUACUUUUUUGUUAUUUAUGUUAAUUGACAUAUUGGCUAUUGCUUAAUCUUUUUAUCGUUCGCACAUUUGAAGUAUUGUCGACGGGAUCACUAAAUGUACUUAACUGUAUCGGUUCGGUUCUCAGUUUUUAUUCUCAUUUCACAUUAUUUCCGAACUCGUUAGUUGUUCUUGA